AUAUCAGCCGAAAGCCGAACAUGCAAACUGCAACCCCCACCGCCCUCCGGAAUCGCCAUAAUAACAGCGACCAUUGAGUUGUCUCUUUAUCUCUGUUUGGACGCAUGUGCCUGUGAUUUCUGACGCAUUGUUUUGAGUCAAAGUUUCAGUCGAGUUCGUAGCAUUUGUUAAGACUAUGCCCAUCCGGAGGACGUAGCGAUGGCGGCAACCAGAAAGCUACAAGGGGAGAUUGAACGCUGCCUGAAAAAGGUGUCCGAAGGGGUGGAAACAUUUGAAGACACCUGGCAGAAGGUGCACAAUGCGACAAACAGCAACCAAAAGGAGAAAUACGAGGCCGACCUCAAGAAGGAGAUCAAGAAGCUUCAACGGCUACGUGACCAGAUCAAGUCAUGGAUCGCCUCUGCAGAAAUUAAGGACAAAAGCGCCCUGCUGGAUCAUCGGAAGCUCAUCGAGACGCAGAUGGAGCGCUUCAAGGUGGUCGAACGAGAGACCAAGACUAAGGCCUACUCUAAGGAAGGUCUCGGUGCUGCCCAGAAACUUGACCCAGCACAGAAAGAGCGAGAAGAAAUCAUCAACUGGGUUACGAUGUCUAUUGACUCGCUAAACCUACAGGUGGAUGGGCUUGAAAGCGAAAUAGAGUCUAUGCAAGUGGGGAAGAAGAAAAGGCUAGACAAAGAGAAACAAGAUCGAAUCGAUGAACUGAAGUUUCGAUUAGACAAGCAUCGAAAUCACAUAAGAAAAUUGGAGACCUUAUUGAGAAUGCUAGACAACAUGUCGAUAGAAGGCGGGCAGAAUAAUCUGGUUAGCCAAAUAAAGCUGAUUAAGGACGACAUUGAGUAUUACAUCGAUUCAUCUUCAAAUCCUGAUUUUGAAGACAACGAGUUCAUUUAUGAUGAUAUCACAGGAUUGGACGAGGUUGACCUCACAGGGGUAAACCUGCCUGCGACGGACAGCAAUGACGGCGCCUCGCCCACAAGUCUUGUAAGCGGAAGCUCGCCAGUGCCGCCACCAGGGUCGCCGCCACCGCUCACCGGGCGGCCAGCUUCCAACUCGAACCAUUCCAGCAGUGAGUCUGACGAGGGACGCAAAAGGGUUCCUUCCGGGGGCAACACCAAGGUGGAGCCCCUCCGACCAACCGCAGUGCGCCCCACCUCGGCCGCCACGACCAAACCAACUCCAAAGCCCGCUGUGUCUGGCGCCCUCCUCAAUCACCUUAGUGCCGUCAGCAACUUUGCCGCCGUCGCCGGAGGCGGACCGCCUGCGCCUAGCACGCCACAGCCUCCCAAGCCUCCAGCAGGGCCAGUUUCAGAGAACUCGAGUAAUCCAAUGUGGAGUGUGCAGAGUAAUGGACCUGCAAUUCAACCGUCUGCACCCGUGGUUGCGCCUGUGGCUGUGCCUCCUGUCCAUGCAGCUGUCCCCUCGUCCACUGCCAUGCCCCAUCCUCAAGUUCCCACAAACACAGAAUUGUCUAUUUCGCAGAUGGUGUCCAGCACCAUUACUUCGACAGGAACUGUGACCCCAGUGAGCUCGUCGCCGCUGCCCCCAGCAGGGGUAGUGCGCGAGGUGGUGGUAGGCGGUAGCAAAGCAGCCACAAACGGGCCAACGUUAAAGGAGACGGCCUCUUUAAAAAACAUGGCACAACAGGCGGUAGCAGCGCUCGAGGUGGCACCAACCUUCGAGACUGGGGUUGAAAGUCCAGCGCCGGCGCCAUCGGAAGCCCACAUCCCACCUCUGCUUGGGGUGGCGCCCUUAGGACCGGCGCCCCUCCAGCGGGAGCACCAGUUCCAGCUGCAAAUGCUCGAGGCCGCCUACUACCACCUUCCACACCCGUCGGACUCGGAAAAGCUGCGCGCCUACCUCCCGAGGAACCCAUACCCCCUCCCGCACUAUUACCCACAGCAGACUCUAAUCCCGCAUUCAGACACCGUUGAGUUUUUCCAACGGUUGGCAACAGAGUCGCUGUUCUUUGUCUUCUACUAUAUGGAGGGCACCAAAGCGCAAUAUUUGGCAGCUAAAGCGCUUAAGAAGCAAAGCUGGCGCUUCCAUACAAAAUAUAUGAUGUGGUUCCAGCGCCAUGAAGAGCCCAAAGUCAUCAACGAAGAGUUUGAACAGGGCACUUACAUCUAUUUUGACUAUGAGAAGUGGGGUCAGCGGAAGAAGGAGGGCUUCACAUUUGAGUACAAGUACUUAGAGGACAGGGACCUCAACUGAUCUCAAGUGCAGCUGACUGACUCAAUCUGCCAGGGACCUCUCAAAUUUGCGCCCUUUGGCGACCCAAUGCUAAAAAUAGAGAAUGCGCAUUUCUGCAUGUCAUAUUUUCCGCUUCCGAGAGGCAUCGGUCCAGCAACUCAAUAAAAAUUUAAAAGAAAAAUUGCUUCAUCUUUUUCCAACUUAGUGCAUAGAGACUCUCAGUUUUUGUUAUUUUUUAUUUGCGCAACGUACACACAAAGUUUAGGCGGUAGAACUAUGGCCAAAUUUUACCCUCUCUUGUCUGUGCAUUGCAACUCUUUGAAUACGUCGUCACAUUGAUGCUUAACUGCAAUGGUUUCAAUCAACAUUGUAUAUUUGUAAAGAAUACACAAAAUUCUAUAAAAUGAAA